AUGGGGUUUGACCAUUCUCGAUCCAAGCAAGUCAUAGCCUUUUGGAUUUGGCUUGAAAGAGAUGGCUUCAGCCAUUUUGUCUAUAAUUUGCUUGCUCUUCCAGAUUCAUCGCUCCAUUUAUUAGCCAUAGAGGCAAUGGGGUGCUUAUUUUUGUUGCAAGAAGGACUUGGACCGCCAUUAAUUACUACUGAUGACAAAUAUAUCCCAUUAAUGCGUCAGCUUUUAAGCAAAGAUUUUUCUUUUACUUCUCUUUAUGAGAAACGGCAAAGCGCGAUAAGCAGCAUCGAAGGAAUCAUACAGAAUGUGUGCGAAAUAGCGUUCUGCGAUAUAGUUGAACCAAAUUUGACCGAUAUUACAAGGCAAUAUUGUUUUCAGCCCCAAGAAUCCGCAUUUUGUCCCCAAUAUUCCUCACAUUAUAUACUUACUGUUCUUCCUAGAGACAGAGCUUUCUUGCUUUCCGCCAAUAUGGACCAAGAAGAACUUGAAGAUCUCAUUGCAAGGGAAUUUGGGAAUUGUGUAGAGGCAGUUUAUAUGGAAUAUCAGCCGCCACUGGCGCACCCUCUGUCUGCAAGUGUUGUCUUUCGCUAUACUUCAUAUGUUGACGAGAUUUUUGGAGGCAAGAAAUUACUAGUUAAAUUCUCAGCAAAUGGAAAAUUUUAUUGGGUGAGACGCCUUGAUUCAUCACAGCCGUUUGAUCCCUGCCAGCAGCUGCGGCAGCAGAUAAGCAAGUCUCUUCAUCGAAAAUUUUUCAAUUAUAGAGACCAAAAUUCUACAUGA